AUGGAGACACCCAAUUCAGACCAGACGCACACCAAUGCAACGAGUCGAACGGCGUCCACAGGAUCUGGCCCUGGACAGAUGGAUUAUCUCGACCUCCCUGUCCGCGAACUAAACGAUGGCGCCGACCUCCGCGAAUACAUCACCGAGACCCGCACGGGCGAAAUAAUAAAGCCAAUGAAGUCUAAUGCUACUGGUCAGAUGGAGGAUUGGAAGUUGGUCACUUUCACCAUAGACGAUCCGGAGAACCCCAAGAACUGGUCGAAGCUGUACAAAUGGUACUGCACCAUGGUCGUCGCCUUCACUUGCUUUGUCGUCGCAUUUGCCAGCAGUGUUAUCACAGCUGACUUAGAGGGCCCAAUGGAGAGUUUUGGAGUUUCUCGCGAGGUUAGCCUGCUGGUUGUUACUGUUUUUGUCAUCGGAUUUGGUGUUGGACCCAUGGCAUUUGCCCCAAUGUCCGAAAUGUUUGGAAGACGCCCCAUAUAUGCGGUGACACUUUUGCUUGCUGUCAUCUUCAUCAUUCCUUGCGCUAUCGCUAAGAAUAUUGGCACGCUGAUCGUGUGCCGGAUGAUCGACGGUAUUGCUUUCUCUGCGCCCAUGACUUUGGUCGGCGGUACCCUGGCCGAUCUAUGGAAGAACGAAGAAAGAGGUGUUCCUAUGGCUGCAUUCAGCGCUGCUCCCUUCAUUGGGCCUGCUAUUGGUCCUCUUGCAGGUGGUUUCCUCGGAGAUAACUGCGGCUGGCGAUGGCUCUACUGGCUGCAGCUCAUUCUGUCCUUCGUUGCCUGGGUCCUGAUCACUUUCACUGUUCCCGAGACAUAUGCGCCUAUCCUGCUGAAGAAGCGGGCUGCGAAGCUGCGAAAGGAGGAGAACGAUCCGAAGUACACCACCGAAACUGAACUCGACCCCCGUCCGAUGGGACAGAAGUUGCGAAUCUUUCUGUUCCGGCCAUUCCAGCUCCUUUUUCUCGAGCCUAUUGUCUUUUUCAUUGCGAUCUACAUGUCGGUCUUGUAUGGUCUGCUGUACAUGUUCUUCGUUGCGUACCCUAUUGUCUACCAAGGCGGAAAGGGCUGGAGUGCGUCUAUGACCGGUUUGAUGUUCAUUCCGCUUGCCAUCGGCGUGCUUAUGAGCGCGGCAUGCGCCCCGUUUGUGAACAAGAAUUAUCUCAAGAUCAGUGAGCAGCACGGUGGGAAACCGCCUGCCGAGAAGCGCCUGAUUCCCAUGAUGUGGUCGUGCUGGCUCAUCCCAGUCGGUCUUUUCAUCUUUGCUUGGACAUCCUACCCUACCAUUCACUGGUUCGGGCCAUGCAUUGGAGGAUGGCCUGUUGGGUUCGGGUUCAUCUUCCUCUAUAACUCUGCUAACAAUUAUUUGGUGGAUACAUACCAGCACCAGGCUGCCUCAGCCCUAGCUGCGAAGACAUUCCUGCGAUCCAUGUGGGGUGCCUCGACGGUUCUGUUUACAGAGCAGAUGUAUGAUCGCCUGGGAUACCAAUGGGCUAGCUCGCUUCUAGCAUUCAUUGCUCUGGCUUGCUGCGCUAUCCCAUAUGUCUUCUACUACAAGGGAGAGGCUAUUCGCCGUUUCUCCAAGUAUGCCUUUGCUGAUGAUGAGGAGCAAGGCACUAGCGUUAAGGCUUAG